CUUGACAACAAAAUGGUCAGUGACAAUGAUGUAAUGUUGCUGCUUACUGUUACUAUAUUGUAUUAUUGUCAUGUUUAAGAUUAUUGAAACAUUACUGAUUUCACCCAUCGUGAUAUUCCUAAGUCACACAUUCUAUUCAAUACGUUAGAGGAAAUGGAGAUUUGAAAUGACAUCUAUCCUCACAUAUUAAUGUGAGCUAUAGUGUAAGAGUCUGGGUUAUUGAGGUUGGAUAAAGACAAAGCUUUUCUGUAUUCAGCAUUGAGACGUCCUUGCUGUAUACCACCUGUGUUGGUGACAGGAAUCUGGGUUCAGAUUUCACCCAGCUCCACGGGGAGAUGUGGCUUUGCAACUAGAUCUACUCUGGGCACAAUUGGUUAACUAUCAGACAUCACAUUUUGGAGAUAGGCUGCAUAAGAAAUGACUAAGAUAACAAUAAACUCUAAUAAGGCCAAGAAUCUAAUUGGGCAUUUUGGACAUUAUACUUAUUAUUUUGUUCUUUAUUCACAUUUAUGUUCAUUUUGACACACUUCCUACUGACCAAUCAAGAUUAGUCUAAACAAUUAUUAAGUCUGAAGCAUUUUCUCAAACAAUUCAAGUAACAAAGAAUCUGGAAUAUAACAUGCAUACAUGCCAGCUCCAAAAGACGGUCUAUCAGCUUCACCAUCUAGUCUUGUGUUUAGCUGAUUGCUGGACAGACCACGCUGGAUUAUUCAGAAGGAAGAAGAAUAGACUAAAAGGGCUUUCAGGGUAAAAGCUGGGCUGUCAUGAUCCGCCCCAGCAGAAUACAGCCUCAAGCUCUGAUGGUUUCUUUUGAAUCUUUCAACCUUGUGAUGUAUCAAUAGAGACAAAAUGGGAAGGAGUUAUUUUCACAAGUACGUUUUAGAUUUAAGGGCACACUUUGAUAUAUUUCCUGAAGACUCAAACAGCUUUGAUCUACAAGCAUAAAAUUGAUGCUAUUUGGAAGGCUGUUCCAAUUUCCAUGUAAUCAAAUAGUCAAAUCACCCAGACCACUAACUAACUGGAACCAUUAGAAGCGGUGUGUGCUCUCUACUGGAAUUUCCUAAGGGUAUGAGGCUUCUCGUAGAAGCAAACUAGACCCAACUAAUCGCAUGUGAUCCCUAACAGGGUACACGGUGUAUAGUUGUUACAUCAGUAGCUCUGGGAUCAGUUUCCCAGUUAAGGGAAACGCACUCAGAGUGCUUUGUAGGUUACCCUUAGCACAAAUCCCCCUACAGUCAGCGCACAGAAGCGGAUUAUCAGCACCUCGCGCGUUCAGAGCAUCACGGGAGACUUGUCUGGAUAGUGAGCUCUUAUUUAGCUUGUGAAUUCUCGGCGACACAGGACGGGUGGUGUCCAUGGUAACGGACACCAGGAACGAUUAGCUUUGUCUGGAUGCCGCAAAACGCAUUCGUGGUUCUCACGCAGGAGUGGACAACCUGAAACUGAGAAUCCUGCACCUGUUCAAGGAUUUAAAGCCAUAUUUAACCAAGAAUUCUGCUCAAAGGUAUUGAACACCUCAUAACGAGGCUCUGUUGUGGGAGGAAAGGUCUCGGUCAGGCGGAGAGCAACACUGUCUUUAUAAACAUGGUAACUUUGGAGAUGCGCUAAGCCUGCUAAUGGCAUGAGCACAGAUCCUCAGGGUUUAUAGUUUGUUUUUUUAAUCAAGUGACAUGCUGUUUCCCUUUCCUUAUCAUCACCCUCUCGUUUUAGUGUGUAUUUAAACGAUGUAGCUAAUUCAUUUGGGGCGUCGUCGUCUCUUAUUAAUAUCGAAGUUAAGCUGCCUUACCUCAGUUACCUGAAUCGACGAUGGUGUGGACUCGACCGUGACUUCCAGCCUCACCAACAUGCUGCCGGGUUCAAUUCAGAUCACAGGAGAGGCGCUGUCCGGGGCAGAAAUCCGAGACAUUUGCGACAGUCUGAAGGAGAACAGUGUGAGGUUGUUGUCGGUGCGGGGAUGUCAGCUGUCUGACAGGGACUUCGGGCGCGUGUGUCGCGGUGUGUCCGAGUCGCGCUCGCUCGCGCAGCUCAACCUGAACCUGGGCGUGGUGUCCAGCGGCGGCCGCGCGAAGCAGCUGGCUGAAGCGCUCACUGCCAACAGGUCCAUACAGACACUGUUUCUGCAUGGAAGCCCUCUUUUAGAUGCAGGGUUGGUCACUCUGUACACUGCGCUGUCAACUCACCCUUCUCUGGUGUCCUUGGACCUUGGAGAUUGUAUGCUGGGAGAUGAGGCCAUUCAGCUGAUUUGUGGCAUGUUGCCUCCAGAUGGGGCCAAAUCUGGUCUGAGAGAGCUGACGCUAAGUGCAAACCCAGCAAUCACCACUAAAGGCUGGGCUCGCCUGGCAAUCGCAGUGGCUCACAGCUCACAGCUACGGGUCCUUAACCUAGACUACAAUCCCUUAGGGGACCAGAUUGCUGGAAUGCUGGCGGUUGCUGUGGCAUCCAGCAGAACUCUGGAGGUUUUAGACUUGGAGGGAACAGGGCUCACAAAUCAAUCAGCACAGGUCUUCCUGGACAUGGUGGAGAACUACCCGACCUGUCUGCGUGUGCUGGUCCUGGCUGAGAACGCCAUCAGCCCCGAGCUGCAGCAGCAGAUCUCUGACCUCCUGUCUGAGGGCGAGGAGGAUGAGGACAGGGAUGCAGAGGCCCAUGGCAGCUCAGUCACCAUGCGCGAGAAACCUGCCUGGCUUCCCCACAGCAGAGUCUUCAGCACUCUGAAGAGCAGGAGUGUUAGUGUGUUUAGAGUAAUACAGGGGUAUCUGUAGCAUUACUUGUGCAAUAUAAGGACAAGGGGUAUGCUUUCUUUCUUUCUUUCUUUCUUUCAUUUAUUUUAAAACAAUAGGGGUAUCCUGAAGGGCCAUAGCACUGCAGAGCUUAGCAUUCUACCUCUUUUAAUACCAGUACUCUGUAUUAAAACCAAGAAUUUGUUUAAUCAACAUCACACAAGCUGGAGUGCAGUUAAACUGAAUAUCAGCACGGCUGUGAUUCGGGUGUAGUUUAUCACAGCUGUGAAUAGCUCUAUAAACAAAAAAUUAUACAGAGCAAAUUACAUUUCAGACGCAACACAGCUAAGUGCUUUGUGUAUUUUAAGCUCCACUAGUGGAAACAGAUCCCAGUGAAGCCACAUUCACUUUAUUGGAUGUGGGCUAGAUAGCUCACAUUGAUUUGUAAAUUUCUGUGAAAGGUAUAAGUGGUAAAGUUGCCAUCACUUCUGCAUUUUCAUAUGCCCAUGAGUGGUCAUAGUUUAAGCCAACAGUUUCGUCAUGGAAAAAUCGGUUGCCAUGUAGACUGAGGUCACUAACACUACUGUAGCAACAGUUUCAAAGCAGAAAGUGCAAUUUUACAUUCUGAUAGAUUAGUAGAGUGAGACACAGUGAAAGGUGCUUGACCAAACAAUUUUACGGAGCAGAACUUGCCAUUUGAAGUAAUUACUCAAACCUUAAAAGGCAUAGGAUCAGUUAAAACAAAACGUCUUCAUAAUCCUUAUUUUUAAUAGUCCAUAUAAUAUAGUGUAGUGUAGAUGACUGUAUCCCAUAAUGUACUUUGAGCAGGUAUCAGUUGUGACACAGAAAAAUGGCUGUGAGCAGAGCUGGGACUUGUUCUUCUUACAUCAUUUAAACACAUAUAAGACUGUUGUGUUAAUCUUCUUUAUUAUUGCUAAUGGAGUAAAUCUUCAUGGAGAAAAUUGAAAAUUGAUUACACCAAGGGAGGUUAAUUGCACACAGAGCAGAUCUUGAGAUAUGAUUUAAAGAGAACUAGACAAUAAAAUACCGUAUUGUUUCCCCAUAAAUACAAUCAGGGUCACAAACUCCUAGUGUGUGCACCUGCUGUGCUUUAUCUGUGCUCUCAGUGUGCUGUCUGGAAUAUAGCUGUUUACCUGCAGUUUGGUAAUGUGAAUGAACUGAGUUUGAGUAGGUGUAGUUCAGUGUGCAUUAAGGCUCCAUCAGCGAAAAACAUCCAAAAUAUACGUGCAGUAUACCGUACACUCUGUUUACCCCUAGUAUAUAAUAAUUAGUGCAGAAACCUAUGAACUCUUCUGACUUAAGCUAAACUUUAAGUAAGCGAUUUUGGAAAUUGUGCAAAUUUUUUAGAGGCAAAAGGAAAAACUAGUCAAAACAUGUACUUGUAAAAAAGUACUGCAAGGAAUAGUUGUAUGCAACUAAAUUAACGUAUAUAACUCUGUCUUUUUACAUUAUAAAAGGUUUCUGCUCAGCCAGUUUGAGCUUAUAAACUUGUUGCCUUGGCAACCCCUCCAACAGCGUACAGCACAGGAUCAUUUCAAUUCAACAACAAAAAACUAACAAACAAGAAGGCCCUGGUUCAUAGAUGCAAAAUGAAAAUUUGAGUUCAUUAAUGCAGCGUUACAGUCUUAGGCUGUUAGCACGUCGAUGUACCUGAAAAAUAUGAUAAAAACCAUAUUUUCAGCAUCCCAUGUAUUCUAAAUAAUGUACUCAGCAUCCCAUAUGAAUGAAUGAACUUGUUUGUUACACAUUAGUGUUUGGGGAAUAACUUCUGAUAAUGACCUAUGCCUGUUUGAGUUGACGUCAGUGUGUUAGAAGAGAGUAAGAUGAUCUAAUCUCUGCAGGUGUUUGGCUCUCCAGAACCUGACUCCGAGACCCCUGACUAGCUAGAUAGCCACAUAAUUGUAAAAAACAAAAAACAAAAAAAAAAACAGUAUAUGGUUAAAAACGUAGCAUUUAACUCCAUGUACUCUGUGUAAAAUUCAGUAGGAAGAGAAACAGUACUAGAGAGCUGGAGUUGUCCUUUCCUGUCUUCUUCAGAACUGCAGUUUUCAAACAUUUACGCCAUGUCUCUGACCCUUCCAGACCCCCGCUCCCAGAUGGUCCUGAUGUCAUCAGGACUGGGUGAGAGCUUUUUGGGAGAGACUGACUUGUGAUAACUGGAGCUGCCUUUGGUUUUAGGUUUGCACUGCACGCCGCUACAGUCAGCCCACGUGUUAGCGUGCAGCCACUCACAAAAGCAUGACGUGUAGCAUUUAGUGGUAGACUGUUCAAAGCCGGCACAAAAAAAAUAAAUAAAAACCUCGACCACCAAGUGACUUAUACACUAUAGUGAAUUAUUUAUUUGCCUGAUGUACAAUCUAUUUAUAAGCAACUAUUUAAGCAACAGUGUACUCCUGAUUAGAUCAGCUAAAGUAGGGUUGUGGUGAUGGCCUGAAUAAAUCUAUUUACAUCUUUCUAA